AUGGACCAGAGGGUGAUAGGAGGACUUACCAGGGAGAUGUCUACCGAAGACAUCAAAGAAGAUCUAGUGAACCAAGGGAUCGCAGACGCCGAGGUUCAACAGAUGAAGACCAGGAACACCAAGGAUGGCGGAAAAGCUGCAGGAGGUCCAGAGGCUGGCCAUGCUUACGGUCAGCUUCGAGAAGAAAAAGAGAUCGACCGAGCCCAGCCAAUGCUACCGCUGCCAGCGGUACGGGCACACGCAGCGAAACUGCCGUCUCGCUGA